AUGCCCCCCAAUCAAGCAGCAGCAGAAACGCCACCGGCUGAGAAUGGCUUCACUAACAGCCAGAGUGACAUUGAGCAUGUGUACAUUGCCGUGAUGGGCGUCACUGGCGCUGGGAAGAGCUCUCUCAUUUCCUUGUGUACUGGAAAAAAUGUAAAGAUUGGCCAUAACUUGCAGUCAUGUACCGCUGAUGUCGAGGAUGUCGAGUUCAUGUUCAACGACCACGUCUGCGUCCACCUCAUUGACACACCGGGCUUCGAUGACACAAGCCGGUCUGAUGUGGAGGUGCUACAAAACAUCGCCGUCUGGCUUAGCGACUCGUUCGAACAUGGCACUAAGCUCAGCGGCAUAAUCUAUCUGCACCGCAUCAUUGAUGUCCGCAUGGCUGGUUCCGCACUCCGCAACCUAUCGAUGUUUAAGAAGCUAUGCGGUGAGAACGCAUACUCGUCAGUCGUCCUUGCCACUAGUAUGUGGAACCAGGUCAACGAGGUUGAAGGUGCGCAGCGCGAGCGAGAACUCAUUGAGACGCCGAAGUUUUGGGGCCACAUGCAUAAGAAAGGCAGCCGCGUCUUCCGUCUAGACCGGACGCGCGAGAGCUGCCUCGAAAUUAUCAAGUAUAUCCUCUCUUUAGGCUCGACUACCCUUCUUGAGCUGCAAGAUGAGAUCGUCAACAAGGGCCGCCAAAUCGAAGAUACUGAGGCGGGCGUACAGCUUAACGAGGAUAUGAUCCGCGAGCGCAAGAAGCACCAAGCUGAGCUGCUAGCCUUGAAGACGCAGAUGCAGGAGGAGAUGGCGGAGCACGAUGCCGAGCUGCAACGCGCUUUAAAGGAGGAGUACGAUGAGCUCAAGGAGAACAUUCGCCGCAACGACGAGGAGCAGGCUAAGCUCAAGCAGGACCUCAAGGAUGUUCACGAGCGCAAAGAGCGCGAAUUACUCGAGCUCAAGAAACAAAUAGAG